CCUUUAUCUUUGGGAGAAGAGGAAGAAAUGAGACAAAAUUUGCAUGAGCAUUUACAGGAAUUUUCUGAGUUCACACACUUUCUGGGAAACAUAUUUGUAUAAUAUCUCCUGACACCCCAAAAGCUUCUUUAGAAGGCUAGAUACUGAUGUUCUGACAGUCUUUUGUAGUAAAAGAAAUAAUUUAAGCUGUUUUGAAAAUUUAACCAAACUCAAUUAAUUUGGAAAUCAAGUCUCAAUAUUUGUCUUUCAGAUAUGAACUUUGCAUUUUGGAAUUGAUUCCCUUAAAGAGGUUUGAAUACCUCAGCUACUUCAGCUACGUAACUUAAUAGCUUAAUGUAAGGGAGGAAAAAAAUAAGGGUUGGGACAUGACUGUAAUUGCAUAUCCAAGCAUGUCUUUCAUAGCAGAGGUGAAUAGUGCACAGUUCUUGUCCUCUGUCUCUGCUACAGAAUGACAAGCUGUUAUAGGAGUAGAUAUUGGCACAGCUGGAAAUCUGUUCAAAGGGGUUGCAAAACAGGAUAGAGAUCAUCAGUUGAGGCAGAACACAACUAUGGCCUAAAGACCUUGUGUCCUGUUUACUGAAAGUUUAUAGUCAGAGAAAUAAACAGAAAAUUCUGGGAAGAGAGUGCAUGGGGAGCAACGUCCUCACUUGGAUACUUGGCAUGCUUAGCUUGAGUAGGUUGUACAGCUGCUGGGGCCUGUAAAGAACAGCUGAGACUCCCAUUUGCUCCUUGGAGCUAAACUUGAAGCAUCUGCUCUAUUGGGAUUGCAAUAAGGGUGUGAGUGUGGCUGAUGUAUGUUAAAAACCUGGUUCCUAAGAAAUGCAUAACUUAGGAUAAACACAGCUGGCAUACUCUGAUCCAAGACCAAAUACCUGCAGAGUCUGUCUAUGCUGUGGGUGCCUCAGAGAUGCAGAGAACACACUGAAUCUGCUGGUAUUACAAGGUAUCAGGUGUUCCUUCUUUGGGAUUUUCAGAAGUGCUAAGCAUAGCUUCCUUAUCUGCAGCUCCCUGACCUCAACAGAAAGCAGAAUCCAUGUAGUGCUGAAGCAUUAAGAAUUCCCACACAUGAAGUAUGUUCCCUCAGAUAAUGCAAAGGAAGGGUGUGCUCUGCCUUGGAAACUUCCCCCCUAGAAAAUAAGGUAGAAGGUUAAAUCAGUAGUUAGCAGAGUUUGCACUGUGAUGAUCUGCUGGAAAAGCUACAUUUGUCCACAGUUCAAGGAUACCCACCUGUAGUGCUUUUCAGAGCAGGAGACUAAAAAGCAAAAUGCAGGACUGUAUACUUGUUAUAAAUGAUAAAAUAGUGUUGGCUUCCACAUUCAUAGGUUAGCUUUUUGCAUCACAAGUAUUUUGAUAUAGUACAACUUAUACUUACUUUUAACUGCUUUAUAUAAUCUGUCAGUUUAUGUAUGCAUUGUAUAGUUCAUAUGAAUAGUAGUAUAAUAAAUAUAUUAUAGGCCUUAGCAAAAUGUUGAAAGAGAGACUAAAAUAUUUCUAUGUAGCAAAUUCAGAGAAUAGUGUAAAGUAAUAAUAAGGCAACAGUGACAAGAAACAGAGCAUAAGCAGCAGGGAAGGAUGUAUCGACUAUUGGCGCUAUCAGGGAUGGUGAACCAACAGGAUAAAACUACGGGAAGAAAUAAAAUAUAUGGGCCUAAUUUACAGAAUGUCCUGCAGACAAGUCAGAGCUUAAAACCAAACGAGAGUUCCUAGAACAUCAAAAACUCAAAGGAAGGUUUGGAUAAUGUAUAAUACACGCUAAUGAAUAUGCAUGUAACCCCAGCAAUGUAACCAUAUUUAGAGAACAGGAUUUUAAGCUACCUCUGUGCUCUUUGGCCAUUCGCCAAAAGCACCCCAGCACUGGAUUAUUUCAUCCUUUAUAAAACUAAAAAUUCUAAAGAGUGAACUCUGUUUUUCACAUACUGAAUGUGAUUUUAAAAACCACAGUUAUUAAAAAUAUAUAUCUCCAGUAAUUAAAACAUUCAAUGCUAGAAUAUUCCUGGUCAAUUAAGAUGAAUUUGGCCAACUAAGAUUCCCUCAGUCUUGAGCAGCUGCAUCCUGCCAUUGUCUCUCAAAUGCAGUGUACCUUUGGUGUGUACAAACCAGCUAGGUUGUGCAGGGAGUUGCCCCUGAGAUGUCAAGUUUGAGCUGAUGAAUAGAAUCAGUGAUGUCUUCAGGCACUGUGAUUGGUGAUUAAACUGUGGAAUAAGUUAUUUGCCUGUUUUAUGAAAUGCAGGUGUUGUUUUUCUGGUUUUUAAUCCUGGAACUCCCCCUUUGGAACACAAGGUAUGGGUUUCCUACUUGGUCACUUCUAAAGGAAGCUGGUAAAUGUAUGGCUGCAGUGUUUGCCUGGUGCUGUCCACUUGAACACUGCUCAGGUUUGAGUUUUCUGUUCUUGUCCUGUAUGCAGAUAAAGGCUUUUACCUUCAUCCAAAGAUGUUACAAAGAAGUCUUGAGUUAGUGUUUCAAGGGUGAAUAACAGAACUAUGAAAGAACAACAUCCUAAUUAGGCAGAACCUGUAUUUGAGCUUACAAGCCCUAUGGACGUGGCAGCAGGGGUGGGAAUCAAUCUACCUUUGCUGCUCUUGGAAACCUUUAUUCAAAGUGAGGUUAUUCUGGGUCCAUGAGGCGGUGCCAGACUCAACCUGCUAGCUCACCACACCACAGAGUGGGCUGCUCUCAGGAGUAAAAACUCCAGGUGCAGCUUAGCUAGGUCAGAGGCUCUGCAGCACAGGAAUAGUUGGAGCACCAAAGGUGGAGGUAAAGGCAAGGGAGAGGUCUUUUGUAUAGGUUCCAGAAAGGGUUUGUUCUUCUGUAGAGUCCAGGAAUGAAAGACAAUAAACACAGCUGUGCAGGGGUUUAAAUGGGGGGGGGUCUCAAAGGGAGAGUACACAGGGGAAGAUCCCAGGGUGGGAUAUACAGUUAACCAACUAAUAGGGGAGCACAAGAAGAGGGAACAAUUUAAACAAACCAAUAGGGCAGCAAAGAUUAGGGGAUUUCCAAAGCAGGGGUGGGUACAAAAAGGGGGAUUGACAAGGAACUUUCUGGACCAAGGGGCUGGUAUAAAGGGGAAUUGACAGGUAGUGGGAGGAGGAACAGGGAAUUUUGUGGACAGGUGUUCUGAGCCUGAGAGAGUUUCAGCCUGUCAGGGGCUCAUCUGUUCCCAGGGGAAAAGUUCCUGGGGACAGUUUUCUCUCCAGGAUUGUGUUAUUGUAAAUAGAUUAUAUUUCUCCAAACAAUACUGAACAGAUGUUCUUGGUGAGUUUACUCUGGUCCCACCAAUGGGACCAAAGGGGGUGUUGUUCCUUCUACCAAUCAGGGUAACCUGGUGGGAGAAUCUUUAUAAGGGUUGAGAAAACCCUGAAAUAAAGGCUUUCUUUGCCUUACGAAGCAGCUGUGUGUGUCAGAUUAUCUGAACAAUCCUCAAUACAUCAUGUCCAUCAGUGACAAACUUUCUGGAUAUAGGGGUAGGUCUAGGGGAAGACAGACAUCGAGGUAGGAAUGUACAACUUAACAAUAUAGGGGGGAAUGAAACAAACCAUUUGUAAAUUAAAUACACUACAAAUAACAAAACACAGGUCUAGGGAGAGCUUGACCCAAUUUCAAAAACAGUUGUAGCCUCUCAGGGUGUUUUGUCCCUUCCUUGCAGCUAGGAGCAAACAAAAGCAGUGGCCUUCCUCAUGUUCCCUUUGCUCUGAGAAUUUUGUAGUAUGAUUGCUGUGACUUCCACGUGAUCAUAUUCCACUGUAAAACUAAAGUUGCAUCAUCCUUGAGCAUCAAUGAAAGACCAAGUAUGGCUCUCUUCAAGCAACAGAAGGUGGAGGACGUUUACGAAAUUGAGGAAGAGCUGGGAAGUGGUCAGUUUGCUAUAGUGAAGAAGUGUCGAGAGAAGAGCACAGGGGUGGAAUAUGCUGCCAAGUUCAUCAAGAAGCGCCAGAGCCAGGCCAGCCGGCGCGGGGUGAGCCGGGAGGAGAUCGAGCGCGAGGUCACCAUUCUGCAGCAGAUCCUGCAUGCCAACAUCGUCAAGCUGCAUGAUAUCUACGAGAACAAGACAGAUGUGGUCCUCAUCCUGGAGCUGGUUUGUGGAGGAGAACUUUUUGACUUCCUGGCACAGAAGGAGUCUUUGAGUGAAGAGGAAGCAACCAGGUUCAUCAAGCAGAUUUUGGAUGGUGUGCAUUACCUUCACUCUAAGAAAAUUGCUCACUUUGACCUAAAGCCUGAAAACAUUAUGCUUCUAGACAAGAAUAUCCCUAUUCCACACAUCAAACUCAUUGACUUUGGCUUGGCUCACAAAAUAGAAGAUGGAGUUGAAUUUAAAAACAUUUUUGGAACUCCAGAAUUUGUAGCUCCAGAAAUUGUAAACUAUGAACCACUUGGACUAGCUGCAGACAUGUGGAGCAUAGGAGUCAUCACCUACAUACUGCUUAGUGGUGCAUCACCUUUCCUUGGAGAAACUAAACAGGAAACACUUGCCAACAUCACAGCUGUGAAUUACGACUUUGAUGAAGAAUUUUUUGGCAAUACUAGUGACCUGGCAAAAGACUUUAUUCAGAAACUACUGGUGAAAGAUACACGGAAGCGGCUUACGAUUCAGGAAGCUCUGUCUCAUCCAUGGAUAACGCUGAAAGAUGAAACCAAAAUCCAGGAGAACAAGAAGGUGGAGAACACACAGCUGAAGACGAAACGCCUGAGGGAGUACACAAUAAAGUGCCACUCGAGCAUGCCCCCCAACAAUAGCUACAUCAACUUUGAGCGCUUUGCCCACGUCGUAGAGGACCUUUCCCAUGUGGAGCAGGGUUUCAGCACCUUGGCUGCAUCCCACGAUUCCUUGCAGGAGGACAUGGAUGCUCUGCUUUCCAUUUAUAAUGAGAAAGAAGCUUGGUAUAAAGAAGAGAGUGAAAGCGUGAGGCACAAGGUGUCCCAGCUGAAGUAUGAAUACCGUAAAAUGGAGUCCCUUAAAAGGCAUUUGAAUGAUGAUAUCGAGGCUGUCGGCGCCAGUCUCGCAGGCGUGUGUGGGAAAUACGCCGAGCUGCAGAGCCAGUAUGACUCCCUCAGACAGGAACUUGCUGAGGAACUCAAGUGGAUACAGGAUUUAAUGAGCAGUUUUCAACUGGAAAACAAAGCUUGUAUGAACAGAAACUUUGACUCUGUUUUCAACAAAGAUAUUAAUGAAUCACUAAUGGAGCUGUUAAAUAGAUCUUGCUGUGAAGAAUUCCUUGCAGGGUUGAAUCUUGUUGUGACAGAAUCCCAUCAAUAAUACUGAGAUCAGGCUAAGUGCAGGGUUUGUUGCUUGUUUCAAUGUACAUCAGUUUAAAAAGGUUCCAGUGCAUAGAUUCUACACAAAAACAUGACCUAGAAUUAAAGUAAGUUCUGAUGUAUAGCACAAUCUAUUGACCAAAGCUAUACCCUCCCAGUGAUUUGUAGUGUUGAAGUUGUUUUUGGUUUUUUUUUUCCUGUGUUCAGUGUCUGAACUUACACAAACAAGAUUAUCACAGUGGUAUGGACACAUCUAACACCAAAGCCUUUGGUAUUGCCUAUAUUUUACUCUGCAUCAUUACAGUUCCUAAAGAUUACUGGGUAAUUAGUGUGGUAAAAAAGAAUAAGUCAGUCUGUACUUAAUAGAAACUGGAUGUCUGGAAACUAAUAAAAAUCCCCUUAUAGCAUCUUUGCUUGGCUGAAGGAAAGAGUUGGGUAGCCCUGCUACUGGCAGUUCUGUACACCUUAUGAGACAAAUAUUUGCAAAGGUUAGAUCUGUAAAAUAAAGCAAAUGGUUGUAGUAAUUUAACAUUUAGCUAGUACUGUGGAAAUUCUCUGUGAAAUGGCUGCCAAUGAAGAAUGUUAGGAUUAGUGUUUAGGCCAGUUGUGCAGGGUGAACUCUUCUACCAUCAAAGGUAAGGUGAAUUUUAAACUAAAGGAUUAAUCAACAGCUGAGUUUCCUGUCCUGUAUCAAAGAAAUCCUAUUCAAAAGACACCAUUGGGAGCUUGUAAUGAUCAAAUGACUGUGUAAUUUUGCAGUGUAAAUGUUGAUUUGUGACUAAGUGAUAACACAAUCCUCCGAUUUGUUUUCUACAGUGAAGAUUACAAAGCUACAACCAACUUAAUCUAUGGUGUGGCAUUUGAGACUAGUGUUUUUCAUAUAAAGAUUAUUUUCCUUAGAUUUUAAAAAGUAAAAGAAAAGUUUACAAACCUUAAAUCAUGCCCUGCUGUCUUGUAUUUCAAAUAAGUAGUUUGGUUAUACUGUAUUAAUAUGCACAGAUGUAUCAAUUUCAUUUUUGAGCACAAUAAAUAGUUAGUUAUGCAGGAUGCAAUUGUUCCCUGUGGUUGAUAGUGACUGAAAAAGAUGCCAAGUUUCUGUUGGUAUUUGUUGCAAGGUGACUGUUGUGCAUCUACAAGAAUCAGUGAGAUAAUAGCUCAAGUCCAGCUAGAGUGAAACUUUACAUAUAUAUAUUGGCAUAUAUCUUUCACUGGCCCUCCCCCUCCUCCUUUUGCAGAGAAGUUAAUGACCUAAAUAAACUGAAUUGUUGUUGUUCCUAA